CGACACAACCACAAACACCCGACACCGACACACGAAGGCAAGACAGGAGCCAGGGCUUCAUCUGCAGUGAUUCGCGUCGUAGAAGUAUCAGCAAGUAUCGAGCUUGAUAUUCUCUGCUUCUCUCUGGAAUUUGGUGAUUGCGUAAUGCAAUGCAGAGCACUCAACCUCUCGAAGGCGAUGCACUCCGCAUAGAGAAGCUCCAAAAGGUCCUCUCACAGGUACAGGCAAAUCCCAGUGCAACCUACUUCAACUCCAGUUUCGCUUCUGCUCGUGGAGGCUUGCAAAACAAGUCCUUGUUCAAUGGUGAAUCGCGUCCAUCUACGGCGGAUUCCUCGGGACGCGCAUCGGCGCAUGGCUUAAGUGGAUCGCGGUCACCUCCCAGUCCCUCUACAAUUGGCUCGGAUGCAAAGCGAAACCUUUCUCUAGCCAUCAGUCCGCAUUCAGAGGAUCCAAAUCCCUUCAUUGCUGGACCCAGCAAACAGGCUGCGCCGAUACCUCCGCCGCUACGCAGUCCCCAGUCUGUUGCGGUCCAAGGACAACAAGAGCGUCGCGACUCGGUCUUUCGCCUCUUUCGACCAAGUUCGCGCGACGAUGUGCAACAGCAGCAACCGCCAAGUCCUCUCCCUGUUGCUGCACCCGAGGUUGUCAGUCCGUUCCUCUAUCAAGGCAAACAGAUUGGCUACAACUCUGCGUUGGACUCGCCAAGUCUAGAGCUACCAAAUCCCUUCAGCUUGAGAGCGCCCUUUCUGCAGCCUCUCAACCCGAUACCAGGCUCCCCGCCAAUGAGUGACAGGGUUGGCAUGAGCAAUAUCGCGCCAUCAUCUGCACCAGUUUCUAUCAAGGAAAGACGGAAAGAGUCCAAAGGCUUCUUCAACAAUCUCUUAAACAAGCGCAAGAAGCAGUCAUCUGCAAAGGAGGAACGUCAAACGCGGCAGGAGUCCGUAUCGCAAGCUUCUAUUGCAGAGCCACAAUUCUCGUCACCUUUUGCGGGUGAGUCUGCCACGCCGCGUUCGAAACGAUCCUCACUCAGACUUCCACCCAUGCGCAGACAAACUAUCGACAGAUUGUCCUCAUCGGGGCGUAACUCUGGUGUUUCUCCAAAUACCUCAUCGCGCACUUCUCGAGCAAAUGCCAUCACGCCAGGCGAUCCAAAUGAACUCGUUCUCGACACGGAUCUCUCACAGCUCAGCGGCAUCGUUGACGUCGAAAAAGCUCCUCCCUCGAAGCGGCCAUCAAAAGACUUCACCAUUUCCAAAGAAGUGGCGCCCUUCAGCGAGCCGCCAGAAGACGAAGAGGCGAAUUGGGCGCCGCCUGAGUCAUGGGCUGUGCGGAGACCCGAAGAUAUCGCAAGGGAUGAUGGCUUGUUGGAUGAGUAUGACCCGCUAGACGACUCACAUCCGACCGCUGCAAGUAACGAAGAAGUCGGCAAGCAGCCCUCCCAAUCCGACAAGCGCGGCGUACCGCAUCAUCAGAUGCGAUUGUACCGCGGCGACUGGACAUUUGCCACUGUGUCUUGUCCGCUGAAUACCACUACUGAAGCACUCAUGUCCAUCAUUGGCCGCAAGUUCUUCCUCACUUCUGUUGCGAACCACCAAAUUCUGCUGCAGCGUAAUGGCCUGUCGCGCAUCUUGCAAGCCUGGGAAAAGCCGUUCUUGCUGCAAAAGCAGUUGCUUGAGCAAGCUGGAUACACACCCAAUGAUCGCGUCGAGGAAAUUGGCAGAGAAGACAAUUCGUAUCUUUGUCGCUUCAUCUUCAAGACCAUUUCAGCGCCUUCAUUCUCAGUGGAUGCCGACACGGAUGCAGGCAAUACCGAACACUUUGACCUGUCUGGGAGAAACGUUCAAACAAUUCCAAUUGUAUUGUACAAGUACGCUAGCCGAAUUCGGUCACUCGACCUCUCGCGUAAUCUGUCUCUCGACAUUCCCAUCGACUUUAUACAGAGUUGUCCAAAUCUGCAGUCGAUUGUCUGGACGCAUAAUGAAUCUCCAAAAUUACAAGGCAACGUGAUGGCAGCUAGCUCACUUGUCUUGCUGGACGUCUCCUUCAACAAGAUGACGGAGCUGGACUCCCGCAUUCAUCAGCUCACGAAUUUGUUGAGCUUUAUCGCGCGAAGCAACAGGCUCAUGAGUCUACCAUCGACACUGGGACGACUCAUCAAUAUUCGACGCGUCAACUUGUCCUUUAAUCACUUUACAGAAUUUCCCAUUGAGCUGUGCGACUUGUAUCAUCUCGAGGACCUCGACAUUUCCUUCAAUCGUCUGGAAAGGCUACCAAAGGAGAUUGGACACUUGUCGAGGCUGCAACGCCUGCUUGUCAACAACAAUUAUUUGUCAGGCAGCCUACCGGGCAGCUUUGCACAGCUUGUAUCGUUGCGCGAGGUGGACUUGCGUUUCAAUCAGCUCACAACACUCGAGAUUCUGGCAUCGUGUCCGCUACUGGAAAGCAUCAGCGCUGGUCACAACGCCAUCACCGUGGUGGACAGCAAGUUCCCUGCCGCGAGACUCUUCCAUCUCAACAAAUGCCCCGUGACGAAGUUCAGCAUGUCCACGAAUGCAAUGACGCUCACUUCAUUGGACCUGUCGAACGCGAAGCUGCCCAUGAUUCCAGAUGCCAUGUUUGACAACUUUACAAAUCUCAUCAAGCUGGUGCUGGACAACAAUCACUUCACCUACUUUCCACCGCAGCUUGGAAAUUUGACUCGAUUGCAGCAUCUCAGUUGCACAGGCAAUCAGUUAACGGAGUUGCCCAGUGAGAUUGGCAAGUUGUGUGACCUGCGCGUGCUAGACUUGCACAGCAAUAACCUCAAGAGUCUGCCCGGCGAGGUCUGGCUGCUUGGCGGUCUCAUUUCUCUCAAUGCAUCAUCAAAUUUACUUAAAGCAUUCCCGGACCCGCCAGCAAAUGUCAAGCCGGCUUCCGAGGUACCGACUAAUGGCUCGACUUUGCUGACUGUUGUGGAAGAAGCUGAAGACUCACCGAGGAAGAACAGUCAGGCUUCGUUGACUACGCGUGGUCUGAAUGCUAUGGCGCAGUCCCUCAAAUAUCUGUUUCUCGGUGACAAUCGCCUGGAUGACGAUUGCUUCUCUGCAAUCACGUUGCUGCAAGGACUUCGUGUGCUCAAUUUGUCCUUCAAUGAUAUCUACGAAGUACCAACGAGUGGUCUCAGGCGUUUGCACCACCUUGUCGAGUUGUACCUGUCUGGCAAUGAAUUGACGAGUCUUCCAUCCGAUGAUCUUGAGGUCAUGCAAACACUUCGCGUUCUACAUGUCAAUGCCAACAAGUUGCAGUCGCUGCCAGCAGAAAUUGGAAAAAUUCGAAGACUCAUGGUCCUUGACGUUGGGUCCAACAAUCUCAAGUACAAUACUGCCAAUUGGCCAUAUGACUGGAACUGGAACUGGAAUUUGGAUCUUAAGUACCUCAAUCUGUCUGGCAAUAAGCGCCUCGAAAUCAAGCCGAGCAACAAUACCACCAUUCGGGACCGCAAUCUCAGUGACUUUGGUGCGCUCAAUAAAUUGCGCGUGCUCGGCCUGAUGGACCUGACCUUGACGAUUGACUCCGUGCCUGAAGAGUCGGAAGAUCGGCGCGUGAGAUUGUCUGGUUCUGAUAUCAGCAAUAUGUCGUACGGUCAAGCAGACACGCUUGGUCGCAAUGAGCAUCUUUCCAUCAUUGACAUGGUCAUUCCUCGAUUCCAAGGUCAAGAAUCUGAAAUUAUCUUUGGUAUGUUUGACGGUUCGCCUAUUGCACACGGCGGUAGCAAAAUUGCAAAGCACCUCCAAGACUUUUUCACGGAGCAUCUUGCCUUAGAGCUGAAAAAGUUGCGCAAGGAUGAGCAAGUACCUGAUGCGCUGCGUCGAGCCUUUUUGAGCUUCAAUAAGGAACUCGGUACUGCAGUCACACCGCUGCCAGUCAAAACGGGAAGCUUGAGUCAAGAGACGCCGCUGAUGCAUCCUCUGCCGUCUCCAUCCUUCCAACGUCCGUCCAUGGUGUCACUAUCAAGUGCAAUGCAAGUGACCAGCUACAUCAGCUCUGCGCUUUCUUCCCAGGACCGCACAGCUGGUGCAUCAGUGUGCCUCGUUUACAUGAUUGGCAAAAAGGCCUAUGUCGCGAACGUCGGCGACACCCUUGCCGUCCUGUCACGAUCAGAUGGCGAGGCGAGCUUACUCAGUGUCAAGCACAAUGCAGGAGAUGCCUCUGAGGUUGAGCGUAUUCGAGAAGCGGGCGGUUAUGUGUCUCGAGAUGGUCUCGUCAAUGACCAAUCAGACGUGACGCGAUCCAUGGGAUACUUCCACUUGACGCCCUUUGUCCAAGCAGCGCCGCAUGUCGCUGAAGUUGAGUUGACGGAGCAGGAUGAAUUCAUCAUCAUUGCAAGUAAAUACCUCUGGGACGUCAUGACACUCCAAACUGCAGUCGACAUUGCUCGCUCGGAGCGGGAAGAUCUCAUGCUUGCAGCUCAAAAGCUGCGUGACUUUGCCAUUUCCUAUGGCGUGCAAGAGAAGCUCUCCAUCAUGAUUAUCGGCGUGGGUGAUUUAUUCCAUCGCAAGGCCAAGAUGGCCAAGCAGCUACGCAAUGCAUCGGCGGCGCGUGCUGCAACGGGCGGUUUCCUUGUUGCAGAUGAAGAUUUGAUUCUUGGGCAUACAACCAAAUCGCGUCGUCGUGCAGCGGCUGAUCAACCUGCCGAUUCAACACUCGCUCGCCUGACGCGUGAAGUGGCACCGCCUGUGGGCGAGCUUGCCAUGAUUUUCACCGACAUCAAGAAUUCCACCUUGCUAUGGGAGUCUCAUCCUGUGGCGAUGCGAUCAGCCAUCAAGAUUCACAACAGCAUCAUGAGACGACAGCUGCGAUCUAUUGGCGGCUAUGAGGUCAAGACUGAAGGAGACGCCUUUAUGGUGUGUUUCUCAACCGUGACGUCUGCCCUUUUGUGGUGCUUUACCGUUCAAACACAACUCUUGACGGCAGACUGGCCACAAGAGAUUCUCGACUCUCGCGAUGGUGCGGAGAUCUUUGAUGAAGAAUCCGGACACUUACUCUUCCGUGGUCUCAGUGUACGCAUGGGCAUUCACUGGGGUGCACCUGUAUGCGAAGUGGAUCCCAUCACGCGUCGUAUGGAUUACUUUGGUCCUAUCGUCAACCGCGCCGCACGGAUCAGCAGCAUUGCAGAUGGUGGUCAAAUCACAGUCUCAUCGGAUGUUGUGCGAGACUUGGAGCUAUUGGAACAAGCACACCGACAACGCAUGGAUCAUGGCACCGCGGGUCUUGAGGAGGAGGAAGAGGUGUUUGGCGACGAGCUAACAAUGCUGACGGUCAAGAAGGAUAUGCAAAUGCUCAAGCGCAUUGGCUUUGAAGUGGUGCCGCUUGGCGAACGCAAACUCAAAGGUCUUGAAAAUGCAGAGUUUGUGUCGCUUGCGUAUCCGAGCAGCUUGAAGGGUCGGCUGCAUCAUGUUGAGAAACUUGAGGUCAAACAAGAUCCAUCGCAGCGCGUGCUCAAUCAUGAAAACAUCAUUGAUGUAUACACGGUGGUCUUUAGACUGGAGAGUCUGUGCUCCAUAAUUCGUGGCAACAAGCCGAGACAUGAAAAUCGCGUCAAUGUUUUGCGUGGCAAGAUUGUCAAGGCCUAUUCAGCGGAAGACGAUGAUGUGCGGUUGGCCGCUGUUCUUGAGAAUCUGCUCACGCGUGUGGAGAAUGCGCUGGCAGCCUUGACAUUGCACUAUUCCAAGUCAGUGUCUGCUUCGUUGGAGGAGGUUGCCAUGCUGCCCUUUGAUGAAGUCAUGCUCGCUUUGCAAGAGUACAAAGUACGGACGUACGAUCUACCAACAGGCUUGGGUCCAGCGACUGUCAAGGAAGAGGAUGAAGAAGACGCACAGUAAACAAAGUUCCAUCAAUUGUACAGAAAGUGUAAUGUAUAAAGCCAAAGCCUCAGUAGAUUAUAAAGUCAUUUCC